UUCCGCUUAAGCAUAUCAUUCAUUCACUCCCAACUUGCAACCAAAGCCCUCAUCUUCUUCCCCCUCCUCUUCCCUUCCACUCCAUAAAUUGCAAAAUAUGGGUCCAUGUCGUCUCAUACUUAUGUUGUCACUCUCAUUGAGUCUCUGCCUGUUUCCAUAUUCCACUUAUGCGCAACUGAGCAAAAACCACUAUGCCAAAACCUGUCCCAAUCUCGAAAGCAUCGUGAGAACAGCUGUAAGGAACAAGUUUCAGCAGACAUUUGUUACAGUCCCCGCAACCCUUCGUCUCUUCUUCCACGAUUGCUUUGUCCAGGGUUGUGAUGCUUCCGUAUUGAUAGCAUCGACAGGGAACAACAAAGCAGAGAAGGAUCACCCCGACAAUCUGUCAUUGGCGGGUGAUGGGUUUGACACAGUGAUCAAAGCAAAAGCAGCAGUGGAUGCCGUCCCUCAGUGCAGAAACAAAGUCUCUUGUGCUGAUAUUCUGGCCUUGGCUACUCGUGAAGUUGUCUCACUGGCUGGAGGACCAUUCUAUGAAGUUGAAUUGGGAAGAUUUGACGGGCUCGUCUCUAGAGCUUCCGAUGUGGACGGCAGGCUGCCUCAGCCCAACUUCAAUUUGAACCAGCUCAAUUCACUCUUUGCCUCUCGCGGCCUCACCCAAACCGACAUGGUUGCCCUCUCAGGAGCACACACCCUGGAUUCUCGAUUGCAGCCGUUCUCCAAUAGAAUAUACAACUUCAGGCCAGGAAACCCAGUGGACCCUACGUUGAACGGACUGUAUGCAAGCCAGCUCCAAGGGAUGUGUCCGAGGAACGUCGAUCCAAGGAUAGCCAUCAACAUGGACCCCACCACCCCUAGAACGUUUGACAAUGUCUAUUACCAGAAUCUCCAGCAAGGUAAAGGCCUCUUCACCUCCGACCAAAUCCUCUUCUCCGACCCGAGGUCCAGGUCUACUGUCAAUGCUUUUGCCUCUAAUAAGAACGUCUUCAACGCCAAUUUCGUCACCGCCAUCACCAAGUUGGGUCGCGUGGGUGUCAAAACUGCCAGCAAUGGCAAAAUUCGUACCGAUUGUUCUGUGCUCUGAUUCCCAGAAACUGGGACAGGGUUUCACGUGGGAGCGUCACUUGAGAACGACGAUGCAACGGGAAACACAUUUGUUGUUAAUAAAACUUGUUCAAUAAUAACAAUAAGUUAAGGGAAUGGACGAAUCGCUUUAACGUUUAUGUGCAAUUUUUAUGCUUGACUUUGAGGAAAUGGAUGAAUCGUUCGUUGUACA